AUGAUUAAUUCAACAACAAAAAAUUUAUCUUCAUUAAUUCUACUAAUCUCACAAUUUUUAUUUUCUUUAGCUUCAUUUCACAUUCCAUUUGGUAUUGAAGAGGGGGAUGAGUUAAUUCAAUUUAUCGAAAAACCAGCAAUUACAAGAAAAUUACUUCCCGGCCCUCCCUUUACAUUUUUUGAAAGAAAACAAAAUUUAAUUUUUAUUUCGGCAAAUGGAGCUGUUUCCUUUGGAGAACCUUUCGAUACAAAAUCGGAAGAUUUAAGUGAACAACAUAAAGAUAUUAUUGCUGUUUUGUUUGCACCCUCUUCUAACGGAAAAGUUUUUUAUCGAACUUCGCAUAGUGAAACUUUAUUGAGUAGAGAACUUUCCGCAAAAGUUAGGCGUGCUUUUGGGGCAAACCAAUUUGAAGCCUCUGCUGUUUUGUUAAUUACUUGGAGCGAAUUAUUGAAUGAGAAAUCGGAAUCUAAUACGUUUCAGGCAAGUUUAAAUUUAAUCUCAAGUUUAUUUAUUUUCAAGUUUAAUCUAAGUUUAUUUAUUUUAACGUUUAAUUUCAAGUUUAUUUUUUUAUUUUUAAGUUCAAACUUAAGUUUUUUGUUUAAACAAGUUUAUUUUUGUUUCCAAUUGGCAUUAGCUACCGAUUCAAACGAAACUUAUGCCAUUUUUGUCUAUAGCACAAUUAAUUGGACAAAAUCAGGUGGAAGGGUAGUUCAGACUGGAUUUUUUUCUGUUGACGGAAAGAAUGAUAAGGUGCUUGAUCAAAGUAGUUCUUCUGUUGGGGAAGUUGCCAAAGUGACUAAUUUCAAUGAACCUGGUGUUUUUAUUUAUCGUAUUUCUGGAGUUGAACCAACAGAUCCUAGAAGACCAGAAGGCGAUGAUUAUGAAUAUCAACAAUGUCCUCCAGACCCUUACAGAGAUAAAUGUCCACCAACUUGUAAAUUGGUGAUGGAUGACCAACAUUGUAGUCUUUGUAUAUGUUCUAGUGUGCUUUCUUCUUCCUCUGAAAACUUGGCUGGGUCUCCUUAUUCUACUCUUACAAACGAUUUGGGUCAAGAAUUACCUCUACAAAAUAUCCAUCAACAACCAAAGACAACAAUUCAGCGUUCUCCUGAUUUAAGCUGUGCUCCGCUAACAUCUUCUAGUCAGUGCCAUGCUCAUGCCUAUUGUUCCCAAUUUAGGAGCGGUUAUUGCUGUCAGUGCGAACAAGGAUAUAUUGGCAAUGGAGCAGAAUGUUUGCCUCAACAAGAAGCGAUACGUAUUAAUGGUGAUUUUCAAGGUGCAAUAAAUGGGAAAAAUGUACAGAAAACUGAACUUUUUUCUUAUAUCCAACCGGCUGACGGCCAACAACACACUGCUUUAGCUAAAAUUGAUUCAGAAAUUGGGUGGUCUUUACUUUUGGUUGAUUCUUUAAGUACUCCUUUUGGUUGGUUAUUUGCAAAAUCUUCAGCAACUUCUCAAAGCAAAAAUGGAUUUGAAUUGACUGGGGGAAAUUUUACAAGACUUGUUAAUAUACACUUGGGUGACCGUUAUUCACUUGUCAUUCGUCAAGAAUUUACUGAUCGUCAAUUUGAUGAACAAUUUCAUGUUAACGUUGUACUUAGCGGUACCUUACCCGAAAUAUCUGGACCAGUUCAAAUUUCAAUUCCUGAAUUUGAAGAAAAUUAUCGAGUUGAAAAACAAGGCAAUUUAAUAAUAUUGGGAAAAAAUAUUUUUUAUUUUUCUAAAGGAAUGUUGAGGUCCUAUUCUGAACGUUAUAUUCUUUUGCGUGGUGUAGGCAGUGAGGAACAAAAAUUCCGGGUUACUGUAGACCAACAAAUCCACUUCACAGAAUGUCCAUAUAAAGAGCCUAGAGGACCAGAUUCUUUCACUGUCAAAUUUGAACGUGUAAAUGCCAUUUAUGACCAAACUGAAAAUGUUGUUAGAUUUGCUUCACAAUCUAGUAUAUUUAAUGAAGGAGAAAAGUUUGAACGAGAACCAAUAAUUGAGACAAGUGUAGGACAUGUUCCAGAUAAUAGUGGUGGAACACAGGUGAAAAAAAAAAUAUUUUUUUUGGAAAAGGGUACCCACGGGUGA